AUGACGGUGAUGUGUCAAGGUGUCAAAACAGAAAAAGUGCAAUCGUCGUUCCCGAAUUUUGUCGUUCUAAUCAGGAAGAAAAUUUUGCACACACGUAAUAAUGCUAAAUUAAUUGGUAAAACUAUCCAACAAGUGCUGGGAAAUAUACUGAAUAUUGAAGAGCGAUGUCAAGUGCACGGGAACUGUUUAGUUUACCGGCCGGUCCGGCCGAUUUGUGCUUCGACAAGAACGAGUUUAUGAAGAAAACCUUUUCCGUGGACGAGUUCCUGCACGAAAACCGUAACGCCGGUAGUUUGGAGAUCAUCCGCGAUGAUUUGGGAGUGUAUCUGAAGGUGCUGCGAUCGGCAAUGAUCGAGCUGAUCAACCAGGAUUAUGCGGACUUUGUAAAUCUAUCGGCGAAUCUGAUCGGGCUGGAUCAGCAGAUAAGCGGAAUCGGGAGCCCGUUGGAAAAACUCCGGGAUGAGAUAAUGGCGGUGAAGGAAGCCCUGGAGGGAACGAUGCGGGACAUAUCGGAUUGCUUGGAGCAGAAGAAGUCACUUCGAGGGCACAAGAAGAGCUUGCAAAGCUUGGGGAAGGUUCAAGGAGCUUUAGUCAAGCUGGAAAAUUUGCUGAAGCCGGGCGAAGGUGUAAAUCCGACAUUGCUAGAACGGGCUGCACUGGAAUCGAUUCAGCUGCAGUUUAACAUCAAGUUUUGUAGGGAGUUUUUAAAUGACGAGCAACAACGGCAUUCGGAACAAAUGAAACACAGUUUACUGGACCAGUUGAAGACGUAUUUCUUGAGAACCCUGGAACAGAAGAACGUGGACGGGCUGGAAAGGUGCUUGAGGAUUUACUGCACCUUGGAUGAAUGUCGAACGGCGGAAGAAGUUUUCAAAGGGGAAAUCGUUUCGCCCUACAUGAGUCGAGUUGUGUCCGAGAGUAGUCUGCAAAAUUCUCCCCAAGGAUUGACCGGGAUUUACAACCAAAUUCUGGAUUUUGUAUCGUUGCACAUGAAAAAUUUGCUGACGCUGACGAAGAAAAACGGCAAAGUGAAGGGAUACAACUUUAUUGUGAACAGCUUUUGGACCGAGGUGGAGCGGCGGAUGGAAACGAACAUGUCAUCGAUUUUCGCUCCGGGGAAUCCGGAAGCUUUCUAUCAGAAGUAUAAGUGUACUCUAGAAUUCCUGGAGCGGAUUGAGCAAAUCAUCGAGGAUCCGACGGAAAUAGUGGCGUUUAAAGCACAUUCCCAGUACAAAAGCUUUCAAGUCCGAUGGAACCUUCCGGUGUACUUCCAGAUCCGUUUCCAGGAGAUUGGCUCCAAUUUGGAGAAAGCUUGCAGUCGUGAUCUGGAGGCCACAAAGUUUGCCGAACAGCAGAUCAGCGCCAGCCAGUUUAAUCUUGUGCAAUUCUCCAUCGCUCUGACGUGCAUUUCCAACUGCUGGCAAGAGGGAAUCUAUCUGCCACAGUUGUUCCAUAGAUUCUUCAAAUUGACAUUGCAGUUACUGUCCCGAACUACCACCUGGGUAGACUCGGCCAUUGCCUUCAACUUCCCUGCUUCUACAGAUUCCCAAACGCCAUCCCUGAAACUCAAACUGCUGGCCACACUUUUCUCCGACAUAAGCAACCUCUCGAAGAAGAUCCCACAGAUUGUGACCCUAGUCCUGGAGAAAGCCCCCGUCAGUUUAGCCCUAACUCCUCCCCAGCUAGACGAAGCCUUCUUCGACAACCGAUCAACGCUGACCACCAAACUGAACCGCCUGCAAACCCUGAUCGUCCAGGAGCUGGUCCAAGCGAGUAUUCCGCACAUCAAACAGGUCAGCGACAUCCCGCGCCUCUACCGGAAGACGAACCGGGAUGUGCCGAGCCGCUGCUGUCAGUAUAUGGAACUGCUGGUGCAGCCGAGUCGGGAAUUUCGCGAGCGUUACCACGGCAUGGUCGGCGGCGACGAACGGCUGAAGGAGUUUCUUGCCAAUGUGUUCACCUUUCUGACGUUGAACUACUACCAAGCGGUGGAUGAAGUCCUGACCUCGGUCCAGAAAACGGAAGAAUCGCUUCGUCGGUUGAAAAACCUGCGCGAUCGGAACGCAAAUCCAACUACCGCUGCCGCCGCAACGUCGUCAAUGUCCACGAGCACAGACCGCACCACCAUGUCCGACGACGACAAAAUCCGCCUGCAGCUCCAGGUGGACGUCAUCCAUUACGUGCAGGAGAUCGAAAGCAUAGGGUUGGCCCGGGGAGAAAUCGAAAAACUAGACGAACUAACGCAACUGGUCGAAGAGGCCACCAAGAUUAGGAUAGGAUCGCGGAUGUAAAACCGGCGUGGCGUUGCGCGUAUUAAAGGAGGUUCUUUUGUCCGUUCUAGAGAUGAUGAUUUUAAUCGUUUUGUCAUCUUCAGUUUUGUUGUGUAAUUUUAACGAACAGAUUAAGUAUAGCAAAAUCCGAUCGCCAUCGAUUCGCAAAUCGAGUUAACUUAAUACGUUCUAAUAUAUACACAUACACACAAACUACAAUAUUUUAGGCAUUUGCGCAAGUUAUAAAUUAUUCUGGGAGAAGUUUGUCAACCAAAUACGAAAAGUGGCAUUAAAUACAAAAAUAUAAAACUUUCACAAUCA